UCUAUCCCGACGGAACGCUCUGCAUCUCGAUCCUUCAUGAUCCUGGAGAAGAUCAGUAUGGAUACGAAGAUGCUGGAGAACGAUGGCUCCCACUCUGAUAAACCCAAUCUGGACAGCCCAGCAAACGUUGAUGGUGCCAAGGAGGUCAGAGAGAACUUUGAUGGUUUGUACUACACUGUGCCCACCUAG